GAGAAAACGCACGUGCAAGCUCGGACGAGAUGGCUCGGCGAGGCACCCAAAGUGCGCAAGGAAACCUCAUGGGCGGCAAUGUGAACAACCAGAACGACUACCUUCAGAAGAUACUGGCAGAGGUGGACCCCAAGUUCGUCCUUCAGCCGGGAGUGGAGGAGCUGCUCAUGGACAUGGCGACAGAUUUCGUGCACGACGUGACGUCUGCGAGCGGUCGGUUGGCCAAGCACCGUCGAGCGACGCAAGUGGACGCAAAGGACAUGCAACUCGUGCUGGACAAGAGCUACGGCAUUUCCGUGGCGGCGAAGAAGAAGCUGCACGCCCCCUCGAACAAGCCAAAGCCCGCCAAAACCUCUGUCCACAUGCAUCGUGUGGCGCUCAAGCGUAAAAUUCUCACCGCCGUCCACGCGCAAAAGAAGAAAGCCAACAAGACGUAGCAUCCCAACUCUUGCAGCACGUCCAUCGCGGGAUAUAUCCGGCGCAUUUGUAUAACAUCAACAACCCACCUGUAUAUGCA